CCACUUCAUUAAUAACCAUGCCGAGUCAAAAUAAGACACAUAAAAUGGGAGUAUGGGACGGAAGGAGUACUCGGCCCUAUCCAACUGUCAACGUUACUCGGAAUAACCAUCCAACGGAAUAUAGUUAUCAAGAUAAACAAAUCAGGAAUUUCUCUAUUUUUUAUUCCAUCACUUUCAUAAUAAUUAUAAACAAAAACCGUAUCCAGUUUUCCCCCAUCCAUUUCCCAUUUUCUCAAGAAGCGAUCACCAUUCAAUCAUGCGGUCGCUUCAACCGCCACCGUUCGCCCCGCCGGACUCUUCGUCUUCGCCUUCUACGGCGGCGGCAUCGCCAUCGGCGAAUCGCAACCGACCCCGGCGGAAACCCGAUCUAACUCUUCCUCUUCCUCAACGCGACCCAAGAUUAGCUGUACCGCUUCCUCUCCCUCCCGCCUCCGCCGCGUCCUCCGCCUCCAUGUCGCCGUCCUCUUCGGAUCCCUCGACUCCUCUCAACUUCUCGGAGCUCGAGCGCAUCAAUCGCAUCGGCAGUGGGAGCGGCGGCACGGUCUACAAGGUCCUCCACCGCCCGACCGGCAAGCUAUAUGCUCUGAAAGUGAUUUACGGCCACCACGAGGACUCCGUCCGCCUCCAGAUGCGGCGCGAGAUCGAGAUCCUCCGCGACGUCGACCAUCCCAACGUCGUCAAAUGUCACGGCCUGUCCGAUCAUAACAGCGAAAUUCAGGUGCUCCUCGAGUACAUGGACAAAGGAUCGCUGGAGGGGACUCACAUCCCGCAGGAGCCAUCGCUUUCAGAUCUAACUCGCCAGAUUUUAUCCGGACUCAGCUACCUCCACCGACGGAAGAUUGUUCAUCGUGACAUUAAGCCUUCCAAUCUGCUAAUCAAUUCGCACCGCAGGGUGAAGAUAGCUGACUUUGGAGUCUCCCGAAUCCUCGCACAAACCAUGGAUCCCUGCAACUCCUCUGUCGGCACAAUCGCGUACAUGAGCCCUGAGAGGAUAAACACAGAUCUGAAUCAUGGACAGUACAAUGGAUAUGCAGGGGAUAUAUGGAGCUUGGGAGUGAGCAUCUUGGAGUUCUACUUGGGGAGAUUUCCUUUCAACGUCGGCCGGCAAGGAGAUUGGGCCUCCCUAAUGUGCGCCAUUUGUAUGUCCAGACCACCGGAGGCGCCACCGACGGCUUCAAGGGAGUUCAGGAACUUCAUCGCGCUAUGUCUGCAGAGGGAUCCAGAUAAGCGAUGGACGGCUGUGCAGUUGUUGAGUCACCCUUUCGUUGUGCAGAACAGCCCGGCAAGCAAUAGUAGUAAUCCCGGCAUUGCCAAUCAGGUGCCUCAGACACAUCCAUUGCUACCUCCUCCACGCCCUCAUUUUUCGUCUUCUUGAUAUUCAUGUUUCUGAUUUUUUUCAAUGUGCAAUUUGUAUGGAAUUGAAUUAGCCAAACCAAUUAGAUAGAUAGAAAAACUGAUACUUGGGGAUUUCACAGGGUUGUGUUUAGCUUGAGGCUUUUCUUUUCUAAUCAAUCUUCUUUUUCCUCUUCUGCUACAAGUUUUGAAAUUGUGAGUUCAUGACAAUGUUGAAAGCAACUUUAUUCAUGGAUGACUUUUCAUCAAUUGGUUAGGAAAGGAAGUUUCUAUCUCUUAUUUAUGAAAUCAAAUUGUGUAGAUGUAUAACACACACCACCACCCCAAAGUAUCCCUUUUUAAAAGCAUCCAUCCCACCUCAAAUAAGAGUAGUUUUGAUUCAUCCCUUGUGUAUCAUGGAGAAGUUUAACUUUGAAGCUUGAACCGUUUCCUUAUUUCCACUUGGGGAUCUUUUGUGUCACCGCAUAAUAACAGUGUUAUUAUGUGAAUAUACAUAUUGACAUGUAUUUUCUAUAUUUGGUGGCUAAGUAGGUGUAGGAUUUUAGAAAGAUUUGGCUGAUUUGUGUUUUAGAAGAACUUGUUUGCCUAAGUGUGGCUGUGAGUGGGAAGCAAGUGAUAUUUUUCUUCAUUUGGUAAGAAUGCAUGGUGAUAUUUUUCUUCAUUUGGUAAAAAUGCAUGGUGAUAAUUAUCUUCUUUUCUGUUUCCACUUAAUACGUGGUAUAUGGAGUAAUAUUCAGUGGCUAUCUAAUCAACUAAUGUACCCACCCAUCAUUUUCUUUCUUUCUUUAUCAAUCAAUAUUCCUCACCCAUUAGCUACUCGUCAUUUUUACUUGUUUUUUUUGUUGCCAGGUCUUCAGUGUUUACUCUGUAUUAUACAAUUCAGUCAUACCACCAUAGGACAAGCCUAAAUGAUCAUCAUCCUCUCUUUGUUACUUGGUCAUCACUAAUCCUAUCACUUGAAAACCUGUUUCGUAUCCCCAUUUCUGCUCAUUGAUUCACUAUUUGGCCCAUAUAGAGCCCACUUGGUAACGUUUAAACUUUAAAAUGCCCAUCUUUUGAAACUGUUAAUGUUUGGUUAAAUCACUUCAAUAUAUUGAGAACUUGUUUGUGAUAUUUUUUUUGGCUUAUCAAUCUUAUCGGCUAACUUUUUUCUAGUCAUGGACCCGGUUCGGGCCGCCCAGCCCGGGACCGGCCCGGCCCGGCCCGCCACUGUGCGAGCCCGGACUGGCCCGGUUCUCGGGUCCGGGUCGGGCCUAGGCCCGGUGGGGGGGACGGGUCCGGGGCUUGUAUUUGGCGAACCGGCCCGGCCGGGUCGGGCCCGGGUCCGGGCCGAAUUGAUUUUUUUUAUUGUUUUUUUCAUUUUUUG